AUGCUCCGCGCUGGUGCUGCCACCUUUAAGCACCUAGAUUCGGCUACCACCCUGCAGCCAACUUAUGCAAGGACCUUCACGCUGGUCACUGCCCUUUGCGCCCUAGUGCUUGCAGUCGCCCCGGAUUUUGGCUUCCCCGAGAGAGCCAGACUGACUAUGGUAUUUUUACGGGCAUCUCGAGCCAUGCUCAUGACCUAUAUUGAGCACGAUUUAGAGCACCCUGACUGGACUAGCUUGAUUAUACGGGUAUGGCAUUCUUCCGCAACUCAAAAUGUAACAGGGCGGAAUGGUGCAGCAUUUCAUUACUAUAAUGAAGCUUCUACACUGGCACUCCGUCUUCGUCUGUAUCAGGAAGAGUCCAUCAUCGGCAAACCCCCACUUGAGGCCCAGUUACUGCGGUCCAACUUUUGGCAGCUGUACCUUUCCGACAAGUCCGCGACAGUCUUCGACGACCGAAAGUGCUUUGUCACCGAGCAUGUGUUCCCAGGACAGCUGACCCUACUCGAGCGAAGCUCUCCCGAGACUCCGUUACUUGAUAUAACGAGGAGGCAGUUUUCCCCGCUCCUUGAAAGCCGAUUCCACGAGGGUCACCUUCUCAAGCGGCAAAUCUGGAGAGACGGAGCCAAUCUGAUCACCGCCAUCAAAGCACUCAAAGGCGACUCGAAUGAAGACCACCUGACCGGCUUAUUCUUGCGCUUUACAGGGCUUAUCGACAGCUUUCCUCGCUGGCUAUGGAACCCAGAACAUUACUUGAAUGGAAGCUAUGACGCCGAUAUUUCUAAUCAUCAUAGGACGUGCUUCUGGGUGCAGCGGAGCAGUAUCAUAAUGCCUUUUCACACGAUAAAAUUAACUAUACUUGAAACGUGCAUCGAAUCCAAGGUCCCUGGUGUGAUGGGACUCGAUCAUAAACAGCUGUCAUGGCAUCAGAGGAAGAUGGACAUCAGCCGAGACUUCCUGUCGGAGCUGGAGAUGGUGCCCUUUAUUUGUCUGAAAAUGCAAGGAGAGCCCACGGUGCAAAGAGUACGGAAAGUUGGCACGGGGCUUCUUGAAAUCAUUCAGAAUGCCACCGAUGAGGACUUGAAAACUCGGGCGCAGGCACAGCUAAGGCAGCUUUUAGAAACGCUGGCCAGGCUCGAUUCCCGAGCGUCUGACGAGCCUCGAUACAGGGAUCUUGGGUGA